UCUAUUGGCUGUGGACCCUGUGCAGCUGCCCGUCAACAAGAUGGCCUUCCUUUUUGCUGCACUAACCUGGCCGGUUAUUUUGGUAAUUUGGGAAUUCAGUGUGGUAGGCCUGUGUACUUAGCCAGCCAGCUAGCUAGCUCGAUAGGGAACGGGGGAGCACUUGGUGAAACGGUUCAGUUACAGAAACGAGAAAAGUACAGUGCAUGGCAUCCUGUUCGUAUCUGAGACAGAUAAAAUGAGCAUAUUUUGAAAAUAUACACAGUUGCUAAAAUAAACUAGCUAGCGUGUUACACCGAUGGGGAAAGUUCUUCCUAGAUAGAUAGCUAGCUAGCUAACUGCACGGAUCCCCUUCCUCGCUGUGUUGUCGUGUUGUCAACGCAGGCCAAAACAUCCAACCACGGCAGCUGGGUUUACCGUCACCUGAAGUGCACUACCGUUUGGAGAGCUGUCGGAAUUGUGGGACAAUAAGUAUAGCUACACAGAGGCCCCCUGACCGCAGCAGAGGCAAUGAGGGGUUUGGAGUGCAGUGGAUCCCUAGCCUAAAGCCGGCAGGCUCCCCUGGCGUACCCGCGCCAUGCCCCCGGCCAACCCAUGAUGGAGCGCGACACCUUCUCCCAAAUCCGCCUGUGGUGCCCUCGUCCUUUCGGCACCUACUCCCAGAAUAAGCUGUGCAGCGUUGCCGGGGGAGACCUGCUCAAAGGCGGUGGCCACGGCAGUGGCCGUGAUGAUGAUGAUGAUGCAGCAGUGUGCACGCCCAUGGAAGCGGGUGCGAGGGAGAGCGCCAAGGAGGACGUGGUCUCUGAGAACACGCCCCCCAUCACGGACCCACCCCCCGUUCCCCCCGACAACCAGGUGGAGGAUGGGCGGGUUCUGCUGGACACCUGGUACGUCAUCAAGCCGGGCAACACCAAGGAGAAGAUCGCCUUCUUCGUAGCGCACCAGUGCAGCGGCGCGGCACUCCUCCGGCCCAACACCAUGAAGGUGAAGGGGAGAUGGGGCAGCGACUGCACCAAGGCCAAGCGCAGGCGGCGCUGCUCCUACACUCCCCCAGGCCCGGCCUCCGACACCGACGACGCCCGCGGGCUGAGCGAGACAGACCUUCUCUCCGUGGCCCAGAUGGUGGCGCUGGUGGAGCGGCGCACCGCCAUGGCCCUGCAGGGCAUCGUGGCCCAAGGCCCGCCGCCACCAUCCACCCAAACCGCCCUCCCUGACCCCGGCACCCUGGUCUUCCCGCCGGAACCCCCCCGGCCCCCCGUCCCGGCCGCCCUCGCCUGCGAGGUGGAGGAGCAGGAGACGUGGCGGGUCGCCGAGGCCGUCGCCCACUUCGAGGCGCAGCAGCGCCUGGAGGACGGCCUCCUGCAGCAGGGGGGCGAGGGGGGCAAGAGGGGCGAGCAGCUCGCGGAUGCAGGAGGCGCCAGCGGAGAGGUGAGGAUCGCCUUCCGCGUGUCCAGCAUUGAUCCUCGCUCCCAGGCAGAGCCCACGGGCCGCCCCAACUGCAUGUUCCUGAGCCGCGGAGGAGGAGGAGGGGGCGGGGGAGGGGGAGGGGCCGCACCAUUGGGGGCGCGGGCCAAAGAGAAGAUCACCUGCGACCUGUACCAGCUGCUCAGCCCCUCAUCACGGGACCCCAGCACCUUGCUCGGGACGUCACCCAAACCUGAACAUGGCGCAGAGGGACCCCCCACCGGCUCGGCGCCCCCCCCCAGCAGUGACCCCGAUCAGGACCAGGGGGUUGGGGAGCGUGUGACAGGCUUCCACGUGGAGGUGGUGGUGACAGGCGCUGUAGACCAGUGCGUCUUCUACGGCAAGGACGGCUCCGAGAAGGUGCAGGAGGAGACAGUGUGCUUCAGCGUGUCUGGCAGCCCGGCCGACGCCUGCGAGGACCCACCUCCCGGACAGCUGUUCUUCCUCCAGCCCCCCCACCCUGAGGAAGAGCGCCACAGCCCCACGGAGUGCGCCGGGGGCAGGGCUCCGCUGGGGGGAGGGGGCGAGAGGGCUGCCCCGCCCUCCCCCGCCCCCAGGCAGGAGCAGGACCACACCGACGCACCCCUCUGCCGCCUGUACCGCCACGUCUCCCACGACUUCCUGGAGAUCCGCUUCCAGAUCCAGCGGCUGCUGGAGCCGCGGCAGUACCUGCUGCUGCUGCCCGACCACAUCAUGGUGACCAUCUUCAGCUACCUGCCCACGCGCUCGCUGGCCGCCCUCAAGUGCACCUGCCACGACUUCAAGGCCCUGAUCGAGACGUACGGCGUGCGCGCCACCGACUCGCGCUGGAACCAGGACCCGCUGUACCGCGACGACCCCUGCAAGCAGUGCAAGCGGCAGUACGCGCGCGGCGACGUGUCCCUCUGCCGCUGGCACCCCAAACCUUACCACCACGACCUGCCUUACGGACGCUCCUACUGGAUGUGCUGCCGGCGCACCGACAAGGACACGCCCGGCUGCCGGGUGGGACUGCACGACAACAACUGGGUGCAGCCCUGCGACCUGGUACAGACUCGCUGUAAGAGAGAGGAUGGGAGGUGAGGGGACCCCACACAUACACACACACACUGGCACACCAGCACCUACA